AUGGUUUUCUCAAAAUUGGCCCUCGUGGGCACAUUCGCUGCUUCGGCAGCAGCAUACUCCUCGACUGCAAGAACAUUCGCUGUCAAUCAUUUCUAUGGGGAGGGCCCUCUUCUUACCGCCCGUAUGGAUCCAAUCAUCAACCCAGGAACCGUUGGAAGCCACGUUCAUACGAUUCAAGGAGGAAGCGCCUUUGCUGAGACUAUGGACGACACCACGGCCUUGCACUCAAACUGCACUUCAUCACUUGUCAAGAAUGAUAAGAGUAACUACUGGACCCCGUCAUUGUACUUCAUUGAUCCAAAUGAUCCCAGCAAUAUCACAUCCGUGCCUAUGUUCUACAUGAACGUCUAUUACUUCUUUGAGCCUACCACCGAUAAGAUCACCGCUUUCCAACCAGGUCUUCGUAUGGUAGUCGGUAACCCAAAUCUUCGUACUCCUCCAGCCAACGGCUCAGGAUCCGUCGUCGACUACGCCAAUGGUACUCCUCAACCAGUUCAAAUCACCUGUCCUCGUGCCGAUUAUGGCGGAACUCCAUCAUGGCCUGCAAACUCGGACGGAUUACACGGUGUAGGAAUUCAGGACCCAGAAAACAAAGGAGCCGGUGUAGGAUUCCCGGAUCAGAAUUGUGACGGAUUUGCUUCUCCAAUGCGUCUUGAUGUUCACUUUCCAUCAUGCUAUAACCCUGCUGUUCCCUUGAGUGACUAUAAGCACAACAUGGAUUGGCCCACGAACGGAAAUUGCCCGGAGGGUUGGGUUCAUACUCCUCAUAUCUUCUAUGAGGUUUACUACAAUACUCCUCUCUUUGCACAUCUAUGGACACCAGGACAAGGAAAGCAACCUUUCGUUCUUUCCAAUGGAGAUCCAACUGGCUACAGCUUCCACGGUGAUUUCCUUUCAGGUUGGGAUGUCGAAACUCUUCAACAAAUCAUCGAUAACUGCGAUGCAGGUGAUUCCGGAAUGGACAAAUGUCCAGGUCUCAUCGGUGGUUUGAAUGAUCCCACUUCAACCUGUAAUAUCCCAUCACCAAUUGAUGAAGUUAUCUUUGGAUCCAUGUCUUUAUUGCCAGGUAAUAACCCUGUCACACCAUGGGGUACCAACGUUGGCAAUGUAGCUUCCUCCGUUGUUGCAACUGCUACUUCCGCCCUCGCAUCAAAAGCUUCUUCGGUAGUUGCUGGUGCUUCUUCAGCUGUAUCUUCAGUUGCAGCUUCUGUAUCCGGCGUGGCAUCAUCUCUAUUGGGAAUUGCAACUUCAGCAGUACCAGUAUCUACUCCACAAGUCUCUCUACCUGUCUACCCAUCAGAAAGCUCUCCAUCAGGCAAACAUUCUCAAAAGGGUACCCACAGCGGAGUCCCAGCAGCUACCCAAGUUGCGGCAGCAAUAGGAGCUGGUGGUGAUUUCUUAUCCUCCAGCGUCAUCACAUCCAACGGCCAAGCUUUUACCUCCGUCGUAACCGUCCACGCCUCAACUUUAAUCUACAAAACCGUCUCCGUCACCGCCGGUCAAGCAAUUCCCACCGGCUCCAGCUCUCCAAGUAGCGCUCCCGCCGCCAUUUCAGGCUACUCAUACGCGGGCUGUUACGCGGAUCAAGAACCAAGCCGAGUUCUCUCCGGUGUUGAAUUUGCGGGUAUCGGCAAGGUUACCAACACAGCUUGUGUAGCAUAUUGUUCCACGAAGGGCUACAGUGUUGCGGGAACAGAAUACGGAGGUCAGUGUUUCUGCGGUGAGAACGUACCCAGUCAGACGCUAGAUGCGAAUAAAUGUAAUAUGGCUUGUGCGGGAGAUGGAAAUGAGACUUGUGGGGGUGGAUUGGCGUUGAGUGUUUAUUCGAAGGAAGCUGCUGGUAAGAAGGAGAAGAGAUUCAUGAGACAUUUUCACAGACACGCUAUGAGAACUUAG